AAUUUCAUUUUGUAAUUAGGAUAAAAAUGAAGAAUCCUAACAAGGUGCAAUGAGUUACUCUGCUCGGAUGAUCGUCGUCCUUCUUCUGAUAUUGCUGCCGUGGUCGUCGUCCUUGAGAUAUUUUCUGCCGCACCCAAGCUACGGGAUGAAGAAGAAGGUCCUCCUAUCUUUACUACGCCGCUAUGGGUGGCCGACGAUGAUGAAGAAGAUGUUCCUAGCAUUAGUACGCCAGAGUCUUACCUGAGGUGCAUGAGGAUGUUGGAAUCCCAGUCCUACGACUUUUUCAUGGACGAGUUUUGCCAUAUGCAAUUUUGGCAUUUGCCAUAUGUGAAGUUACUGCCGCGUAACUAUGUAAAAGCUCUCUCCAUAUGGUACCACAACAACCAGACACGUGUCGAUCUCAAAAUCUGCGAACUCAACCUCAGUCGUUGUCCAGAGCAGACAUUGAAACUCUAUGACGCCUACGAACAUGAUGUAGUGUUGAAUAAGAGUGUGGGAGUGUGGGUUAGGAGUAGGCCAAACAUAACCCCGGAAGAAGCCUUCCGUCUCGACGGGGACCUUUCCGCGUCCCGGGCCUCCUACCUCGCGGCCAACAGCAAAAUGGGCACCAUCAAAACACAAUCAAACAUCGAGGCCCCGCUCUAUUCUGCAGGAACCCUUUAUGAAGUUAAAGUGCGUGUCGGCACUGGUCGUUACCGUCCGUUUAUCUCAAUCGUAGCCGACACGGGCUCUAACUUGUUGUGGGUCCACUGCAAACCGUUCAACGUCGAGAAUUUCUUCAACCCGAGGGCCUCCCCCACCUUCCGCAAGGAGAUCAUGUGCAAUAACCCCACCAGCGCCUGUCGUGAUCUCCCCCGGGUCAGCGGAACCAGCAGUGGUUACCUCACCCGGGAGACAUUCGAGUUCCAAUCCCUCGCCAAGGAGUUCGACGACGAGGAGGAUGAAAAGCCCUUCUUCCUCGAGAACAUCACCUUCGGCUGUGACAUUAACGGGAGUCUGGCAGAUAUCGACGGCAUCCUCGGCCUCACCAGCGACAGUGUCUCCCUCGUCUCGCAAAUGGGGUACUCACGCUUCGCCUACUGCCUCGGGAACAUCAACGACUUCGGGUACCGUUACAACAUAUUGAUCAUAGGCGACGGUGAUGAGAUCGGCCUCCACGGUUCUCAAACACCCCUCUACAUCCACUUUCAUUACUACGUCCGCCUCGAGGGUAUCGCGGUUGGAGGUCGACCCGUCGAUGGAUUCGGCUCCCACAUGUUGAUGGUCGACUGUGGCACUACCUACACCUUGAUCCCCUCGCAGGCCCUCAAGAACCUACAGACUAGAAUUGAGGAAGUGAUUGGCGACAGGCUGACAAAGAACGACACGUUUGAAUACGGGUCGUCCACAAUGUUGUGCUAUGUAGGGAGUGUGACCAGGGACUUGGUGUGGUCCCUGUGGUCGAAUUGA